CUGUAGAGACAGGAACUACUACCCCCUUCCCCGUCCCCCAAACCCUAAAGCCCUCGACCAGGGGGAGUUGCGCAAUGUGCUGCUUCCCCUCAUCGCAUUGCAGCAGGCCCUACCUUACGACAGAUCAUCGAUCAUCCCCCCUCUCUCGCCCUCUCCCUCCUUCUAUUUCUCUCCUCUGGUUUAAUUGCGGGGUUCUUUCUCAGUGGCCUCCUUUGGCUUCAUCGUCACUUAGGGUUUUUCUCAUCUCAACUCUAUCAUGGCCUUGCCGCUGCCGCUGCGUUGCCUACCUGCAUCAUGACCUGUGCCUCUUGCCCCUCAAUCUCGCAGUGUUGGUUUUUGCUACUUCUCUUGUGAACAUUCCCGUGUCUCCACUUUCGAGUGCCUGUUCGGGAAUUGCAUCCUCUCUCCCACUGGAUAUCCUUCUUCUUGACGCCAGUGUGCGUUGCGGUCGCUGGGCGCCAGACUAUAGGGUCUGGGCGGGGGCCAGGCAUGGCAGUGGUCUCGGACACGGCCCCUGUGCCCUCUGCCGCUGCAGCUGCGCAGCCUGCGCCAGGUAACAAUGCUUCUGCUGGAGUUGCUAAGAGUGCGUGGUCGCAGGUUGUGCGCGGCGAGGUGGCACCAGCGGCUGCAGCCGAUGCGAUGCCUAAUGGCGGCAGUAGCAGCAGUGGCAGCAGCAGAAGCGAGACAGUUCCUGCUGCGGUAGAGUCUAGCUCUGUGACCGCAUCGAAAUUUAAUUCUGAAAUGUUUGGGCGAGGGGUGCAAUGCCCGGUAGAGGAGGUGUCUGCAUCUGUUGCACCAAUCCCCUCUAGCUCGAGAACCAUGGAAGAAAUCUCAUCUUCCAAAAUUGAGAAACAUUCUAAAGGAGAGCAGAAACAAACAGAGGUUGACACUCUGAAAGGCGAGCCGGGACAAAGUUCGGUUACGGUAGUCGCAAGUGGAGGCAGCAGUGGCGGCGAUGUUUUGAAGCCUGCCAAACCAGCUUGGAAGAGCGCUAGUAGUACUCUUGGUAAAAACCCUGCAACAGGACCUGUGAUGGGCGCUGUAGCAUGGCCGGCUUUGGGUGAUGCAAAGCCUUCUAAGGCGGCUCUCUCCGAGCAAUCCCUUAAAAAUUCCACUGCAGGAGUGCCUUCUGGCAAUUCAACCUCUCAACAGGCAGUUUCGGGAGUGCGAAGGGGACCAACUACGACCAAUGUCGAUCCAGGCACUGCUCAGGGCAUGAAGCCAAAGGGUAACCGAAAACCGCAUCAUGUCGAUCAUUUUUCACAGAGGACCGGUUCGGGUAAACCGAGCUCCUCUUUAGAUGUUGCAGCAUCUGAAGAGGCUGGUGUCACGACGAAUGUCGAGUCGUCAGCUCUGACGAAUGGGAGCGGGGCUGGUGCCAAGAAUGUGCAUGGAAAUGGAGGUGGUAACGAAAAGAACCGAGGUCAGUACUGGAGGGGGCAGGAUAAUUAUGGGUUUGGUGGUGCUGCGCGACCGAGGUCAAGGGACCAGGGUCGGUCCAAUAACCAUAACUGGAAUAACCAGCGAGGAUUUCGUAUGAACAAUGGCCCAUCAGUAUCUCUACGAGGUGGUUCAAGGAAUUAUAACAACAGGGGUGCGGUGAACAACAACAAUUUGCAUGAUUUUGGAAACACACCAGGUAGUUCAAGUGCUGGUCCUGUUUUUUUCCCGACUGGAGCGUCUGGUGGUGCUGGCCAAAGUUCAGCCCCGCCACUUCGUGCUAUGUUGGUGAAGCAAAUUGAAUACUAUUUUAGUAUGGACAAUCUCUGCAAGGACAUUUUUUUGCGUUCGAAAAUGGACAGCGAUGGUUUCAUUCCUAUAAAUGUUAUAGCGAAUUUUAAUAGGGUGCGGCAGCUGACUGAAGAUGCAUCCCUCAUUUUGGAUGCACUUCAGAAUUCUUCCUUGGUUGAAGUCAAGGGUGACAAGUUGCGCAAACGCGAUGAUUGGGCCACUUGGCUCCUUCCUCCUGCUUCAUCCCAGUUCACAUCAGCUGCUGUCACUACAGUUGAUUCCGUUAAAGGAGACGCUUUGAAUAGUGAAUUCCCGCAACAGGUUUUGCCAAAAACCACCAAUAAGAAUGCAACUGAAACUAAGACUGGGGAUGAUAGUUUGGAUAUUACGGAAAAACCGCCUGGGUCAUCGACAGAAAAAUCAGAAGGUGUAGCAGCGGGGGAAAAGUCUUCUAAAGAUACCUCGAAGUCAUCCACAGCCUUCGAAGGCAGCCCGUUGCCGGCUGAGAGAGUUGGAAGGGUUUGUGGUUUUCCUCCCCCGCCUGUUGGUCUUGCUACCGUUAUAGAUGUUGGAGCUUCUGUGGAAAACAAUGUUGUGCACACCGCUUCAGGAAUUGGCCUGGGAGUAUCUUCGAUUGAUCUGAAUACAGGAAGUGAAGAAAAGGCUGUUACAAAACAAAUGAAGUCGAAAAAACUAGAGUCAAAGGAUUCUGAUGGGCAGUGCAUGGCUAAAACUGAUGGACAGAUAGCGAACGCUGGUUCGAUGUCUGAUCCUGAACAUGUAGACCACCCUGGAGACUGGUUAACUCACACUGGAAAACGUCGGGCUUCUAGCAACAAGCGACCACCCACAUCACGGCUUGCAGGAGGAUUAUCGGCGGCUUUUACUGCCAAGGAAAAUCCCGAUGAGGAUACAUUUCAGCUUGACGAAGAACUUGAGACUUCCGAUCGUCCAAAUCUGAAGAGCCAUCAACCUUCAUCAAAAAGUGUGCAUGAUGAGGAGGAGGAAGAAGCAGAUAUCAAUGAUCGUGAUUUGCAGCGACUCAUCAUUGUGACCCAGAGUAAAAAGAUGGUCGGAAAGGUCGGGGAGAGGAAAGUUCCUGAAGCGCGAGAUCAGGGUCCGAAGAUCAUCCCAGAUGACCUUGUCUCCGUAAUAAAUGAUGGUCUUUAUUUCUACGAACAGGAGCUAUUGUCGGGCAAAGCAAAGCCGCGUACAGCUGUUCCGCCCGUUAAAGGCGCAGCAGGUGAAUCUAGUAGACCUAGUAGUUUUGGGGAAACUACUGGUCGUUUUCAUGGUGGGGGCAGCGUAGGGGUCACUGGCUCAGAUGGUCCCUUAAGGCCGCCCAGAGGGCAAAUGAGAUCUGCUCGUGGUAGCUUCCAGCAACGUCUUUUCCCUAGUUCGCGAUCUAGGCUUACAGCUGAGAGUCCUCCUAGUGACUCUGUUGGUUUCUUCUUUGGACUAACUCCUCCUGAUAAUCACAGUAUGUCUUUAUCAUCAUCGUACGGUUCAACGCGCAUGGGAUCAUCACCUUACGGUACUUCACCUGGCGGUAGUUUCAUGCCGGGCAGUAGCCCACCGGUGGGAUCAGUACCCAAGUCAUUUCCCCAUUUCCAGCAUCCAAGUCAUGCCCUUCUCGAAGACAAUGGCUUCAAGCAGCAAAAGUAUGCUAAAUACUACAAGCGCUGUUUGGUUGAACGGAAACGAGUCGGUAUUGGUUGUAGUGAGGAAAUGAACACUUUAUUCAGGUUUUGGUCUUAUUUUUUGCGGACGAACUUCAACACAUCCAUGUAUCAGGAGUUUAUAAAGCUAGCUGAAGAAGAUGCAGCGGCCAAGUAUAAUUAUGGAAUGGAAUGUCUUUUUAGGUUUUACAGCUACGGCCUGGAACAAAAGUUCAGGCAGGAUAUGUAUGAAGAUUUUGAGAGGCUUACGCUAGAUACUUAUAAGAAAGGCAACCUUUACGGCCUAGAGAAAUAUUGGGCAUUCCAUCAUUACCGCAAGGAUAAAAGCAAGAAGGAAGUCCCUAAACACCCAGAGCUGGAAAGGCUGCUUAGCGAAGAAUUCAGUACCAUGGCUGAUUUUCGCAAAGCUAAGGAAAGGUUAGCUCAGGAGGCUAAAGAAAAGGAAAGUAAUUCCGUCGAAGAUUCAUCUUCAGAGAACGGCCCAAUUGCAGCACCUGUUUCAUCCUAGCAAAUGAGAAUAGUAGGUGGAUCCGUCUCGUGUCUCCUAUGGCCUUAGUCUAGUUCUGACUUGGCUUGCUGUUGAUUGUCUGGACCUGUAACUUUUGCAAAGUGAUGCACCCGAGGUGUUUUGGGGCUCCAUUCCUGAAAUCGAUCCAUCAUGCUGCAAACAUCAGCGUGUUGGCAACUACAAGUUUGGGCUGUGAAGGGGUUGGAAGCAACCCGAUUAGUAGUGGUAGUUAUUGAUACCAUUGUUUAACAGUAGUUGCAUUUUGAAGAGGUUAAGUUUUCUUUAGUAACUUUUAAAUUUUUGAUUAGUAAGGAUCGUUAAGGUUUGGUGCUAUUUCAUUGCUACCUACGAAAUCCUUUUGUGGUAUAUUUUAGAUGCUGCCAGCUUCACGUUGAACAUCUUCUGGACAUCUCUUACCAUCCUGCUGUUAAAGCAGUUCAGCAGUUUUUUCUCAACUUUUACUUAAAUUCUAAUUUUGUUUCUUGUUUUUUCAAAA